UUGCUGGCCACUGUCUUCGGAGAGGGAGAGCGGGAGAUUGAGAGAGUGCAUUCCGAAGAAGGACAACAACAGCAACGGCACUGCAGCAUACACACUGAACAAAAACUCUGUGUACCUAAGAGCGGGACAGCAAUACGGCGCACCGCCAACGCGAUCGUGCGUCGUUGUUUUUGUUGGUGUUGGUGGGUUGGUGAGUAGCGCGGCGGCAUUACUUUUUCCCAGCGCCGCGCGGCGUCGCCAGUCGUGUCUCAGCACCCGACAGCAGCAGACGUGUGGCAGCAGCAGCAGCAGUGAAUUCCGGACCUCAAAUACAAGCAUCCAUAUCCCAGCCCCCAAAAUCUUUUCUACACUGAAACGAAAAGCAAGUGAAACGCCAUGAAUCCAGCCGCUCAGUUGCUGCGCCUGCGCAGCGCCACCGCCUUGAGCAGCGCGGCCACGCGCUCCAUUUCGACCAACCGGCGCGAGCGGACCACCAGUACCGCCAGCGCGCAGCGGGAGCGGACGCAGGGCGUCAGCGAGACCGAUAAGUUCCUGCACUACAGCGCCGAGGACGGCUACUACAAGACCUCGCCCUUUGACCCCGUCACCAUUCCCAACGUCCCUUUGCACGAGUACGUGUGGCGCGACUUCAAGAAGUGGGAGCGACGCACAGCCGCGGUUUGUGUGAUUACCGAUCGCCAGUACACUUUCGCCCAGAUGCGCGAUGCCAGUGCCGCCUUCGCCGUUCGUCUGCAGACCAAGUUCCAGCUGCACAAACCCGAUGUUAUGGCCAUCUGUCUGCCGAAUAUCCCCGAGUAUCCCAUCGCCACCCUGGGCGCCAUCGAGGCGGGCCUCACGGUGACCACAGUGAAUCCCGUCUACACGCCGGACGAGAUCGCCAGGCAGCUGACCUUCAGCGGGGCCAAGUUCCUGGUGGGAACGGUGUCCGGAUUCGCGACCCUGAGCCAGGCCAGCAAACUGGUGGGCCGCCAGAUACCGAUCGCUGUGGUGCGGACGAGUGCAGAGGAGGCGCUGCCCGAGGGAGCCAUCGACUUUAGCGAGCUGACGAGCACCCAGAACGUGCGCUACGAGGACCUGGUGGCGCCCAAGGAGGCCACCGCCGACGACAUGGUCUUCCUGCCCUUCUCCUCCGGCACCACCGGCCUGCCCAAGGGCGUCAUGCUCUCGCACAACAACAUCACCAGCAACUGCGAGCAGGUGCAGGCCUCGCUGCCCCUGGACCUCCUGGGCUCCCAGGAGACGCUGCCCGGCGUCCUGCCCUUCUUCCACAUCUACGGCCUGACCGUCGUGAUGCUCUCCAAGCUCGGCCAGGGCUGCCGGCUGGCCACCAUGCCCGCCUUCAAGCCGGACGACUUCAUGCGGUCGCUGGACAAGUACAAGGGCAGCAUCCUCAACCUGGUGCCCCCCAUUGCCCUGUUCAUGAUCAACCACCCCAAGAUGACGCAGGAGACGGCGCCCCAUUUGAAGGUGGUGAUGAGCGGAGCAGCUCCCAUUGGCCAGCACGAUGUGGAGCGCUUCCUGCACAAAUUCCCGAACACCUCCUUCAAGCAGGGGUACGGCAUGACCGAGGCCUCGCCCGUGGCCCUCCUGACGCCCGAUGGCAACAAGGUCUACGCCUCCACCGGAGUGCUGCCGGCCAGCACGGAGGCCAAGAUCGUGCCCCUGGACGGCGUCGAUGCCAAGGGCGUGGGCCCGCGCACCACCGGCGAACUGUGCGUCCGGGGACCCCAGGUGAUGGCCGGCUACCUGAACAACGAGGAGGCCAACAAGGUCACCUUCUAUCCGGGCAACUGGCUGCGCAGCGGCGAUGUGGCCUUCUACGACGAGGACGGGCUCUUCUACAUCACGGACCGCAUGAAGGAGCUGAUCAAGGUGAAGGGCUUCCAGGUGCCGCCGGCCGAGCUGGAGGCAGUGCUGCGCGAUCACCCCAAGAUCCUGGAGGCGGCCGUCUUCGGUAUUCCCCACGAGCUCAACGGCGAGGCUCCGCGCGCCAUUGUGGUGCUGCGCCAGGGCGAGAAGGCCAGCGCCGAGGAGAUCUCCGCCUACGUGGCCGAGCGGGUGGCCCACUACAAGAAGCUCGAGGGCGGCGUGAUCUUCGUGGACGAGGUGCCCAAGAAUCCCACCGGAAAGAUCCUGCGCCGCGAGCUCAAGGAAAAGUUCUCCGACUAGACGAUGGGCAGCGGAGGGAUCUUCAUAGGCUAAGGCUAUAUUUUUUGUGAUUUUUUUUUGAUUGUUCGUCUCAAUCGGGGAUGUUGGGCCCAUAGAUUCCUGGGGUUCUUCAAGAGCUUCGUUGGUUUCAUUGGCGCCGAGCCCCGCAGAACAUGUACGUAUAGGAUGAACAUCAAUGUUGGCCCCGUGAUCCCGCGAUCCGUGGGCUCUGGUUUAGACAUUGCAUUUACCACUUCGAAAAUACUUAGUUCUUAGGCUUAGGCAUAGGUCUCGAUUAGUCGCUCGAUUGGUCCAUAGUUAGUAAGCGUAGGCUAGGCAGACGUUAGGCCCAAUCCAUAAACAAGUACGUAUCUGUAAAGUGUAUUCUGUAUGCUUGUACUCUAACCUUUGAUUAUACUUAAUGACGAACCCGAUAUUUUACUAUGAUAUUCCCCUAUAUACCUACAUAUAUGUAUCUUUUUUUUGCCUAGUACCAUAAGAUAAUUGAUUGUUAAUCGUAUUGAAAGACGGCGGCAUGCCAAAUCCAUUACUGUAUAUGCCAUGUAUGCCAUGAUGUUUGAAAAUAAAGACGAAAUGAACUAGUUGAAA